AUGCCUUACUUGCACUCACCAUAUUACCUACCACUGACCCACGGCCCGUUCAAAUCUUAUGACAGUUGGUGCGCCCCCUCACCCCCCAGUGCGCCCCCUCACCCCCCAGUGCGCCCCCUCACCCCCCAGUGCGCCCCCUCACCCCCCAGUGCGCCCCCUCACCCCCCAGUGCGCCCCCUCACCCUCCAGUGCUUCCCCCCACCCUCCAGUGCUUCCCCUCACUUCCCAGUGCGCCCCCUCACCCCCCAGUGCGCCCCCUCACCCCCCAGUGCGCCCCCUCACCCCCCAGUGCGCCCCCUCACCCCCCAGUGCGCCCCGUCACCCCCCAGUGCGCCCCCUCACCCCCCAGUGCGCCCCCUCACCCCCCAGUGCGCCCCCUCACCCUCCAGUGCUUCCCCCCACCCUCCAGUGCUUCCCCCCACCCUCCAGUGCUUCCCCCCACCCUCCAGUGCUUCCCCCCACCCUCCAGUGCUUCCCCCCACCCUCCAGUGCUUCCCCCCACCCUCCAGUGCUUCCCCUCACUUCCCAGUGCGCCCCCUCACCCCCCAGUGCGCCCCCUCACCCCCCAGUGCGCCCCCUCACCCUCCAGUGCUUCCCCCCACCCUCCAGUGCUUCCCCCCACCCUCCAGUGCUUCCCCCCACCCUCCAGUGCUUCCCCCCACCCUCCAGUGCUUCCCCCCACCCUCCAGUGCUUCCCCCCACCCUCCAGUGCUUCCCCCCACCCUCCAGUGCUUCCCCCCACCCUCCAGUGCUUCCCCCCACCCUCCAGUGCUUCCCCCCACCCUCCAGUGCUUCCCCUCACUUCCCAGUGCGUCCCCAGUGCGCGCCUCACCUCGCCUCUGGCCUGGUAGAUGUAGUCUAGGCCCGUGA